AUGGCCGGACACGCAUCAAUCACCAUGGUCGAGAGCGAGCUCUUACAGGAGCACGAAGACUUUCUUUACUCCAACUCGAUGCACCCGUCCAGAAGACCCUCACCCGUUGAUAUGAAGCUGCAUGUCGGAGAUAAAGCACAAUCCAGCCUCCACCCAGGAAAUAACCGUGAAAACGAGAGACUGGAUAUCACCGAUGCCUGGAGGUCAUUUCCACGCCCUUCGAUUACGAUGUCGCGUCAUUCAACUAGCACAUCGCGUCCACGGCUGCUGGAUUUGUGGAUGGACAACGGCGAGGGUCCCUCGAAUGCAAUGCCGCGUCACUCAACUAAUACGCCUCGUCCGCUCAUGACGGAUUUACGAUUGAAAAGUGGAGAGGGUCCCUCGUCUUUUCUACGUAGUCCGUCAUCUACAUCUUCAUCGUCGACAGUGACACUCCAGCCAACCCCAUCGUCUAAGUUGACAGCAAGCUCUUUCAGCGAUUUCUGUCGCAGGACAAGUUUAAGCAUCAGGGAACGCGCAAGUAAUCGUUUUACCCCGGCUGUUUCUGGCCGCGAAAAGACUCCAUCUCCAUCUAAAUCCGCACCGGCAUUCACAACCUUGACGAAUUUAGGGUCAGAUACACCGCACGGACGUGGUUCUCCGGAUGGGAUGAAUGCUGGCUCCAUUGACUCUUCUUUACGGCUUGAAGGCUUAAGGAAACUGAUGAGAGUUGGCACGGGCUCCAGCAAACUGAAUAUUGGUAUCAUGCCCGAUCAACGCAACUCGCCCCCACUGAAACUACCGACCUUUAACGACCUUAAAGGCCAAUUUAAGAGAACCUCUACCCGUGCUCGCUCGAAAGCCAAACGGGAAGGUGAUCUGGAUGAUAUUCACGCCAACACAUUUGAGCUCGACGAUGUGUUUGUCAGCAGCAGCGUGUUUCCUGGGAGAAGAGGAAGACAAGUCGGUAAAGGAUCCACAGCCACUAUUAAAAUCAUGUAUAGAAGAGGGAAGGGAAAAGACCUGUAUGCUGUCAAAGAGUUCAGGAAGCGCAGACAGGGCGAAAACGAAAACGACUACGAAAAUAAGAUCAAGUCGGAGUUCACCAUUGCGAGCAGCCUACACCAUCCGAAUAUAGUGGCAACGGCCUGCCUUUGCACUCAUCGAGGUCGUUGGAUCCACACCAUGGAGUACUGCGGUCAAGGUGACCUAUUUUCUCUCCUCAAGCAUGGCCACCUCAAGAUUGACGAUAAGCUGUGUUUCUUCAAGCAGCUUCUCCAAGGUGUUGCGUAUUUGCAUAGUCGCGGGAUUGCACAUCGUGACAUCAAGCCAGAGAACCUGCUCUUGGAUGACAAGGGCCAUCUCAAGAUCACCGAUUUUGGUGUUGCGGUAGUAUUCCGUGGCCUUCAUCCCGGAAUGAGGGCUGCAUAUUAUGAUUGCGCCCAAGAUCCUAACGAGAUUCGUAAAUGUGCACCUGGAAUAAGCGGCAGUCUACCAUACAUCGCACCAGAGGUUCUGAGUAGAGACGCUGAAUAUGAUCCACGGCCACUUGAUGUAUGGUCAUGCGCCAUUGUUUGCUUCACUCUAUUCAUUUGCGGUACACCCUGGCAAGCUGCAGACCUGAAGGAUUCCAAAUAUGGUCGCUUCCUUGCAGGCUGGGAAAAAUUCUUCCAGGAAAGGCCUGACGGAGUGGUGGAUAGUCUCAACUAUCCAAAGUGUGGAAUGGUAUUUAAAGCUCUUCCGAUACCUGUGCUCCGACGUCUUCUUCUACGAAUGCUUCACCCAAACCCGAACAAACGGCUUAAUAUCUUCGGAGCUCUGAAUGAUCGUUGGGUGAGGACUAUUGACUGCUGUUGUCCUGACCCAGAAAAUCCGCCCUGGACAACCGAGUAUUCCGAUGCAAUGAGGAUGGGUAGCUAUCGACUAGCAAACAGAAAGCACAAUCAUUUCCCGCCGAUAAAGAAGGGGAUUUUGCAAUCCCUAGGGAUUUGA